GUGGACCUGCAUCAUUCCACAGGCCCUCUGACAUCCCAACAGCGGCCAGCAGGAGCAAGGAUCUGAGACUCUCAUGGAGUGGUCUUCCCAGGAGUAUCCACGUUGCUCAGUUGGGGCCAGCGUCCACUCCCUUCUACCCCCAGGAAGCCACUCAGGCCUGAGAAUGCAGCUCACACAGACAGGACUUUUUUUCCCCUCCCAGGACAAUCCAAAGGCACGAUAGCCACCUCAGAAUUUCCAGAAAGUUCAUGUUGUAGACUCGUUCCAUUUUUAUUAAGUCUGGGCCAGUGAAAUGUUUCUGGGAUGGAGCCAACAGCCCAGGGACAGACUGAGAAAAGCUUCAGCUACGUCAUCAGAGCUCCCAGCAUCGAUGGCUCUGACGGGAUAAAUGUGGAUGUGAAGAUUGACACCUGCUGGGUCUUCCGAGAUGUGGAGGAGAGGGACAAGGAGCAGGGGUGCCUUCCGGAAACUGUCAGCAGCCUGGACCUGGACACGGGGUUGCUCAGGGAGCAGCUAGAAUCCUCAGAGUGGAAGCUGUUGGCAGCUGUGGACAAGCAUGUGAUAUCAGAGUCGGGGCUGAGGAACAGGGUCCGGGAGCUGGAGCUGUCAGAGAGGAGGCUUCUCUUGAAGGUGGAACAGCUGAGGGCCUGUGUGGCCCAGGAAAGAAGUGCCACACUCCACACCCAGGAGCAGCUGCAGGCCCUGCAGGGGACACUGGUUAGCCAGGUGCGGGAGGCAGAGAGUGCGAUCAGACGGCAACGGUGGCUGCAGGAGCGGCUGCAGCGCAAGGACGAGGCGCUGGCACGGCAGGCGGCGGCCCUGAAGCGUUGCGGGCGGGUACAGCGGCAGCAGCUGGGCCUGGUGCGGGAGCAGGAGCGCGUUCUGCGUGUGCAGGUGCAGCGGCUGGAGCGCGAUGUGCGGCGCCUGGGUCGCGCUGCGGGUCUCCUGCUGGCUCAGCUGCAUGCUGCGGACUCGUCGCCCGGUACCAGGAGCUCUGGAUCGCAGUUUCUGGCCGGUUCCCUGGGUGACACGGAGGUCGUAGAGCUGAGCGCGCUGCGAGCCAGGGCGGAGCUCGCAGAGCGAGAGCGAGCGAAAGCGGUGCGCAGGCUGCGAGAGCACAGCGCCACCGAGCGGCAGCUGCGAGAGCAGCUGGAGGAACUGCGCUGCUGCGUGUAUGGGCUGACGUUGUCAGAGAUAGGCCUGCACAGCCAGGUAGAGGAGCUCGCCCACCAAAACCGGCGCCUGCGGGCCCAGCUGGGGCACAGUAGCCCGGGUGCCUUGGGCUGUGCACAGAGUGAUUCUCUGCCUCCACUCCAGGCAGUGGUGCUGGAUCCCUGCAGCAGCCACAGCUGCCACGGUGAUGCAUGUGGACUUCAGGGCCUGGCAGGCCAGCUCUCAGAAGAGCCCCCUAGCUGUGUUGGAGAUGGACCAGACCACCACAGGACAGUGUCAACAAGGACCAUAGGCAAGCUUCAGAGAGACCUGUCAGGGUCUGAGCAUAGACAGGUGAGCCAGAGGGGUUUUCGGAUAGCUGCACUAGUCCAGCCCCACCCAGAUCCACAGGCUCCUCGGCUGCUGUGUGGCUGUCCCCCAGGGUCAGGCAUGGAUGAGCCACUCUGCUCCUUGAGCUUGGCAGGACUUUCAGAGAAUCUCCAAACUGUUGGAGCCCAAGAAGCCCUACUGCUGUUACCUGCCUCCAUGUUCCAGCUCUGGGGACCUGCUGGAGAUCCAGAGCUCUUACUGCCAUCUCUGCUCCACGAGUGUCCCCUACAAGAACUUCAGACCCUAGAAGAGCUGGACAGCAUGUCCUCGCCUGCCCAUGGAGCUUUGGCACACCCUGGCUGCCAUUGUAAUCUGGCAAGGAGCCAUGACACCUCCCUCAGCCAGGAGUCCUCACACAUUUCCAAUGACCCAUUUCUCACAAAAGGGCCCGAGGAGCCAAGAGACACACAGCAGGGGGGACGUGGGCCUCCAGUCAUAAGUGCAGAGAAGUGGGGGGUGAUGGGAACCUUGGGUGGGAUAAAGUCAGAGCUUGAUGACAGAUGCCUGCUGCUUCUGCAAGGCAGUGAGAAGCUGUCCUUGGACACUGAGGUCCACAGCCUAGAGGGCAUGCAGGAAGGGGGCCGGGCUGCAGAUACACAGGCCGUGGCCUCCUUUCCUUGGCUUCAUUCAGAAUGUCUAACACUGCCUCUGCGUGGGACAGCCUCUAGAUCACAGGAGGGUCCUGAUUCCCUGAGCAAGAGCGGGAGUGUGGAGGGAUGUGGCUGGGAAUGCUUGGUGAAUCUGUCUCCAGAGAAGGAGGAAGAGGCCAUCAGCUUCAGGGCUCAUGAAACCCAAGAGUCAUGGACAAAUGGUAGUCAGCUCCCAGUGGGAAAGGGCAAAGAAGCCUGGAGGCACACACAGGGCAAGCUGGGCCACCAGCUGUGCUUUGGAGACACUGAGCUGCUCCCUAAGGAGAGGUCUGGGGAUGAAGAACAAGAGGAGAUGCAGAUCCGAGUGACAUCAGACCCUGCUUCUGUGGGCCCUGAGCAGCCUGAGUUCAAGACCCGUGUGGGUGAGGAACAGCGUGUACUGAUAGAUGAUCAGGAUGUGUUACAGUUCCCCAGAUUGACCUCAGCAGGUACCAACAGUGAAGGUCCUUGCUCCUCACAGGCUCUGAUCACAGGACAGGACAGGUGUGCCCUCCAGACAGACACGCUGGAGAAGGAGGCAGAGGCAUGCUUCCAGCGGCUGAACAACCCGAAGCUUAUGUGUGGAGAUGCCCAGCGGACAUCAGCAUUGGUGAGAGAGAGCCAGAGUGCCACUCAAAGGUGGCGGGUCAUCGAGGAGGGGGCGUGCCUUCAGCAGUCAUUGGCCAGCCAGGAUCUGAAUGCGAAAUCCAACAGGAACAGUGAGGGAGUGGGGCUGGAAGAGGAUGUGGUCCUCUGCAAUGGAGACGAUCUUCCAGGAGCAGCACUCGAUGGGGAUAAAGCCAACUGGGGCCCUGCAGAGCUGGGUGGGAGCCAGCUCCCCCCAACAUGGUGUACCCUAAAUAGGGCGGGAAGCAGGUUCCAUCAGCUCUUGGCUAACAAGAAGAAAGAGAGAAGUCAGGUUUUACUUGAAAAUGCCAGGCUUGAGGGAGACCAAGAAGGAUGUUGCCAUGAAGGAUGCCCUUGUGAAAAGGAGCACACAGGAGAAGUGGCCAAGGCACUGAGGCUGGAGCAGGCAAACCACGUGCUGCAGGGAGAGCUGGUCCGCCUCAGGCACGAGCUGGACCAGUGCAUGCAGGCUGUGUCCGACCUGGAGGAAUGCAAUAGGAAGAGUUACUGUAAGAUUUCCCAGCUGGAAGAGGAGAACGAGAAACUGAAGGGGGACCUGGGCCAGCUGCAUAAGGCCGUGUCUGAGAGUGUCAGGAAAGCCGGGAGCAGGGUGAAGCAUGUCACCCAGGAAAACACAGAGCUCAGGGCUCUGAUCUCAGAGCUUGGGGUCAGUUAUAAAGGACUGAUAAAAGACACAGUGCUGGGGAUAGAAGACAUGGUGUGGGCUCUGCAGGGGGAAAACGAGCACCUUGUAGGCAGGGUCCAAGGCCUGGAGAGGGAGGUUCUGAAGAUGAGCAGGGAUCCGGAGAAAGAAAAGUGGUACUCCCAGGGAAACUCCAACAUGGCGGAGGACGAGGGACACACUGAAGACAAAGAGGUCCAGGUGACAAUGUUCUCAAGACAACUGAGCACAAGAGCCGGUGGGCCAUCCUGGGCUGAGAAGUCAGAUGUGACAGGAGGACCUUCCUUAGAUUUGGAAGGUUCCAGAUGCAGGGCUGACGCUAGUACGACCUCAUCAGUCUGUGCAGUCACCACAGGGCCUCAGGAAGCACACACCAACGGGGCAGGGGGAGACGGAGCUUGGCUGCAAAAAGAACAGAAGAUUCCAUGGUGUUCUGUACAAGAAGGACAACCUCAAAGGUCCCGGAGCCACAGCCCCCAGGUAUUUCCCCCAAACUCCAAGGUUGCUGCCUCUGAGGAAGACACCAAACUAUGCAUUCAGCGGCUCCAUCACCAGGUGCGGACCCUACAGUGCCAGCUCAGGGACCAGGGCUGGGCACUGCGGGAGUUGCAGGCAGCUCGGGAUGAGGCAACGGGACUCCAGGAUAAGCUCAAAAGCAAGCUUGAGGAGCUUUGGGAACAGCAGUGCGAAGUGCGCCUGGCUUCGAGUCCUCUGAAGGCCAAGAUGGCUUCCCUGGUCCGCAAGUGCCAAGAGAGGAACCGCCUGAUUGAGCACCUACUGCAGGAGCUGCCAAGACACGAGCCCAAGAACCACCUGCUCUCCGAGCUGGCACAGAACAUGCUUGAGGAUGUGGCACUGGCUGAGUACAGUGCCACCUUCCUGACCCCAGGAGCAUCAGAGGUAAGUUGCCACAGACAACCCCAUCCCUGCUUCUAGGGACCCUUGGUGAACCCAGCCCAGGUCACCUGUUUCCUUGUGUUGUCUUGGUGACCAAUGGAUUCCCUCAUACUGGCUCCUUCUCUAGGUGGCACCUAUAUUCUGGGGGCUAUGAUGAGUGCUAGGGAUCCUUUGUCUCUGAAGCACUUAGGACCUCGUGCAGGGGAACAGACACCACCAUGCUGUGUCCCCAGACAUUCUUGUCACCCAUAAUUCAUGAGCUCUGUACCCAUAGCCCCUUCUGCUAGCAUGUUUGGUCCACUGACGGCCUCCUGUCCAACCUUCAAGGUUCCAAGUGCCUAUCCACAGCAACUGGCAUAAUCCCAAUGACCACA